GUAGGAUCUCUUAUCAAAUUUUUUCAUAUAAAUGGCGUCGUGUUUUGUUUAGGUUCGAUUACAGAACGGCAAACACGAGUGACAGUGGAUUAAGUGAUUGUACAAUAUUCUCUAGUUUUCGACGUCGUCGUGUUGACAGUCUUUUCUUCGUGUUUAAGAAAUUAUAUUCAUUUAAACUUGAAAAAUGGCAAAGUCAAAGAAUCAUACCAAUCACAAUCAAAAUCGCAAGGAUCAUCGUAAUGGUAUUUAUAGGCCAAAGAAAUACAGACAUGAAUCACGUCGUGGUGUUUGUCAGAAGUUUUUAAGGAACCAGAAAUAUGCUUUAAAAGGAAAUUUGUCCACCGCAGAUCAAGCUGCCAGGGCUAACGAGAGAAGCGAAAAGAGGACAGCUUUGAGGACCAAAUUUGCUGAAUUCAGAAAGAAGAAAGCUGCAGCCAAAAAAGCAUAAUUCUGAUUUUUAAGAAAACUGACAUCAAUGUUUCCUUUUCGUGUAAUUUAAACGAUCAUAUUAAAAUAAUUAAUACAAU